AUGAGGGCUACACUCCGACUGUUGGCGAGCGUCAAGCCCUCCCGGUAUCUGGAGCCUUUCGCUCCGACCGGUUUGACCGGCCUGACCACUCACCCAAGCCCUCGUCCCACCCUGAUCUAUAUCUACAGAGCUACGCUUGAGAAAUUGAAGGCCUUCCCCGAAUCCUCCGUCUACCGUCAAUCCACCGAGGCAUUGACCCGUCACCGCUUACAGAUCAUCGAGUCCACAAAGCCUCCCGGAUUCGAAGCUUGGUUUGAGCGUGUGAAGAAGACUGUGGGAGCUGAGCCUCAUCGAUUCGCUUCUCUCCGCCUGGACGAUGGAAGCUAUGUUGGAGCCCAGCGUGACGAUGGGAGCGACAACCCACGCGGAGAGGAGUGGGACGGAGAGAAACUGGAAGCGACCACAGAGGGGCCUCAUCGCACACCGGAACAGCAGGCUCGGUGGGAACAAGCCAUUGAUGAAUCCGUUUCUUCUGGCGCUAUCGAGUCGGACUUUGAGACCCUAGAAAUGAAGUGGGAAAACGAACCCGCCCUCGAGGCUGAGCAAGUCUCUGAGAUUGAAAAACAAAUUGGCGCCGGUCUUCUCGAGGAGGUCAUCCAAGUGGCCGAGGGCGAACUGAAGCUGGUCAACGAGCUGUACAAGUCAAAGGCCUGGGAAGAGCUUGAAGAGAAGCCGAGGCCCGGACAGUGGACUUAUUUUGAACGCAAGACAUCGUAA